CCAGAUCGACCAACAGAAUGAAGUUCCUGGCAAUACUCCUGCUGGCAGCGCUGACGGCGGAGGUGGUCGUCGCCGCCCCCGGGAAGCUGAGCCGCAGCAAGAGGCACGACGACCCGACGGAGCACGAUGAAUGGGCGUCGUCGGGGUGGGGCAGUGACUACAGCGACGACGACUACUACGAGGGCAGCGGAGCCUCGCCUUGGGACGGGGACGACGAGGCGGAGGGCUUUGAGGAGAAGGACGAGGGGACGACGCCGGAGAAGGUCGAGGCCGGGCAGGUCUCGGGGUCGGGGGACUUGUUCUUCAACGCGUCCCAAGAGGUGCCCGAUAUGAUGGCCUUCAACGCGUCAGGAAUGCCCGGUUCGAUGGCCUUCAAUGUGUCCCAAGUAAUGGCUGGUCUGAUGCCUUUUAAUAUGUCUCAGGGAAUGCCUGAUAUGAUGCCUUUCAACCUGUCUCAAGGAUUCCCAGGAAUGAUUCCCGGUCAGAUGCCCUUCAACCUGUCUCAAGGAAUUCCCGAUAUUGAGCCUACUGCUCAGGAUCCAGAUGAUUCCGUCUGCCUUCAACUGCCAAGUCGAUUAGUCUUUCUCACAGUCUCGGAAUGUCCAGCUGGACGGUCCCCAACAUGUCCUUCGUGA